ACCUGCUAAAUCAAACGUGGGGAGCUCCUCGCUGUGGCGGCCUUUUCUGAAUAAAGAAAGUGACCGAAAGUAGCUAAGAUGAAAGUUGUAAGAUUAUUCAACAGUGUCCUGAUCUUUGAUAUAUGCCAUUUUUACACUUUUUUUUCUCAAGGAUGAGCAUGGAGCCACGUCCAGGAGUAACUGCUGGAGUUAAAGCAGACCUGGAAAACACUGACUUUGGUGCAGCUGCUGCAAGAAUUCAAAGAAGAUUAAAGCAAAGGAACACGCCGCUAAAUGUUGCCAACACAGGAGAGUCGGGUUCUGGGAAAUCAACUUUUAUUAAUGCUUUCAGAGGUAUUGGUGAUGAAGAUCAGGGCGCUGCACCCACUGGUGUUGUGGAAACCACCUCACAGGUUACACCGUACCCCCAUCCAAAGUAUCCCAGUGUUAUCUUGUGGGAUCUCCCUGGAAUCGGUACUACCAGAUUUCCAGCUGAUGAGUACCUGAAGCUUGUUGGAUUUGAGAGGUUUGACUUCUUCAUCAUCAUCUCAGACCCUCGCUUCAGAGAAAAUGAUGUAAAACCCGCUCAGGAGAUUCAGAGGAUGAAGAAAAAGUUCUACUUUCUUCAGUCAAAGGUUGACAAAGAUAUACGAGCCGAGAAAAGAACCCGGAGAGAGUUCAACAUGGAGAGGACACUUUCAACCAUCAGGAAGAACUGCAACCAAGGACUCAGAGAUUUGGGCAUCGAGUCUGCACAGGUGUUCCUGGUGUCCAGCUUUGAGCUCCACCGGUACGACUUCCCUCUGUUACAUGAGACCUUAGAGAGAGAACUUCCUGAACACCAGAGAGAUGUUCUGCUGUUUGGUAUAUGCAACAUCAUCAGGAGGAAGAAAGAAGUUUUUCAGGCUGAAAUAACACUCUAUGCUACUCUGUCUGCAGCUGUACGUACAGCUCCUCUGGGGAUUUCUUCUGUUCUUGACAGCACCUUAAAGGCUGCUGUCACAG